AUGGUUGGCCUAGGGCCGACUGAUCAAGGAUGUGAUUCCUUUGAUGUGUGCAUGGUGGCACGUGAAACUACACCGAGUGCGGUCGGCCGUGAGAGCACCGCACUGAAUGUCGGUAAUGACAUUUUCGGCGAUACUCCAUUUAGUGUGGGCGGCCGUGAAGGCACCACGCUUAACGUCGGUAAUGGCGUUGUUGGCGAUUCGCCAUAUAGUGUGGGCGGCCGUGAGGGCACCACACCUAAUGUCAAUAAUGAUAUUUUUGGCGAUACGCCGUAUAGUGUGGACGGCCGUGAGGGCACCACGCUUAACGCCGGUAAUGGCGUUGUUGGCGAUACGCCGUAUAGUGUGGGCGGUCGUGAGGGCACCACACCUAAUGUCAGUAAUGAUACUGUUGGCGAUACGCCGUUUAGUGUGGACGGCCGUGAGGGCACCACACCUAAUGUCAGUAAUGAUACUGUUGGCGAUACGCCGUUUAGUGUGGACGGCCGUGAGGGCACCACACCUAAUGUCAGUAAUGAUACUGUUGGCGAUACGCCGUAUAGUGUGGACGGCCGUGAGGGCACCACACCUAAUGUCGGUAAUGACUUUAUUGGCGAGGUGCCGUUAAAUUUGGGGCUAGGCCCGCAUAAUACACGUGGAGUGGCACGUUGUAAUCCACUGGGUGAAGUGUUCGAGUUAUGUAACACUUCACCGAAUGUCGGUCAAGACAAAAGCUCUCGUAUAGAGCGUCUCGAAGAGACGAUCGAGACGCCGGGUAGCUACUUUAAAGCGCCAGGCGUCCUCACAGUCACAUAG